UUUCGUGGAGAAGCGCCGGGGAGACUGGUUCAAGAGCGUUCAAGCAGCAGUGUUUCGAUUCAAGCGUUGCACGAGAAUCAACUCUGCAGUCGUAAAAUAUCGGAUACGCGCCACUUGAGGUUUGAAUUCGGCACCAUCGCCACCCGAUUUGAUGGCCACCUUGCUGUGGCGCGAUCACACCAAAUCCUUCCUCACAAUCUCCAUCAUACGGGCUUUUCAUUGUCACCUUUUUUCGAUGGCGCCUGCAUGAAAUGAUGCGACUGCGCGCUACCGUGACUGUUUUUGAGCUUCUCGGGCGUAAUGCCAGAUUGUUGUUGUCGAAUCGGGUAUCCAACGUGGUAGAAUUGCAGUGACGCGGUACCUUGCUUGGUUCUGUAUGUGUUGUUUGUUUUUGAGCGGUUGUCAAGUUCUUUGAAGGAGGUGAGCGGGUUUUGAGCCUGUGAAUAAUUCGGGGUUUGAAGGAUUCUUGACGAAUUUUGGAGACCGCGAUUGUAAUGUUUACAGGUGGUCCGUGGAUUAAAGAUUGAUGUAAUUUUAUCAGGGGUUUGGGGGUGUGUCUCUGUGAUGUUUUGGUAAUUGGAGUUCAAUUGCUAAGACAAUAUGUGUUGGAGUCCAGUGGAGGAAUUCUGACGGGCGUAUCCCGUAUACCCUGUGAGAGUGUCGUGUAUAUUGUUCAGCUUAGAAUGCUGGAUUGAAAGGAAUAUAAAUCUUCUCAUGGCUUAGAGGUGAUCUGCACCAUGGGCGUGAGCGCAGAGCAUGAGGUUUUCUCAUUAACAAUUUAAUGAAUAGAGCUGAAGAAAUCUGUGUCAUGUAGUCGUCUUCAGGAUUGCCGUCCUCAGACUUCGGGGUUCUGGACUUUGGUAAAUUGGAUAGGUUAGUAGAUCACGCAUCAAGAGCAAUCACGUUGCCGUGGGAGUAGAGCUCUCGUAAUGCGCUGAUUUUCGACGACUCGUUUGGAAUGUCUGCUACUAAGCGUGAAGCUGAGCAGUCCAGUGAAUUGGACAGUAGCAUACUGUGAACAGCCUAACCACGGAGUUGUCGAAGUAUGGAUAUCUUUCCAGCGAGUAGAAACUGAUUUCCGCACCCGCUUCGCUGUUCUCAUUUCGCUGCAUGAAGUAAGAGGUAGGGUAUUGUGCUCUGGUUUUAUAGUCACAUAGUUGAUUACAAUGGCUCAAAGGUGGGAUGGCGAUGAGCCAAGUGAUGGCAGACCAUUUUAUAUGGCGUGUACACGAGAACAUGGAUCGUUUAUGCUGGUUAGUAUAGGAUUUGGAGGAGCAUUCUGCCUGGAGUGCUUUACAGAACUCAUUGCUGCGCCUUCGUCUCUCGUCGUGCACAAAGCAAAAGCUAUUAGUGAAUUUGCCGAAGCGCUGACAGAUACAGAGUUUUGUGCCGCUUUGAUUCAGAAGCGCCCUGCAUUCCUUGCCGCGCCUUUGGCAAAAGCAAUUUUCUUCUCUAACGACGCGGAUCUCGUAAGUGCAAUUAUAGAUGUGAUGGUUACCACUUGCAAACUGGAUUUAAAGAAUGACGAUACGAUACUUCAAGAUAUGAUGCUGCAGGUUUGUUUGCUCUUUUCGACGUCCGAAGCUACACUUUGGAAGCAAGGUUGUCUUUUCAGUGUGCGUGGUUUGACCCUUCUGCUUGAGCUGCAUUGUCAACAUGACAAUCACAUUCCUCAUGCGAUUAAAUCUCAACCUGGUUGCGUACAAUAUUUAAUUAAAGCUCUUUCAUUUCCCACUGAUGAAGUAGGAAUUGACGUUUUCUUUAUUUUUUCCUCAUUGGCCAAUUUGGAAGAUGGCAUCAACUUUUUGGCUAAAUAUUGCCCCGUGAUGGUGCACCUAGCAAUAAAAGCUUUGGAGAGAUCACAAAAUGAUGAAUUGAGAACUAAAAGCUUGGACUUGUUGAUUGCGCUGGCUCAAGCAUCGGCAUUCAACAUAAGCCAGUCUACAUCUUUCUCUCAGAGGGAAUGUGAUGACGGCGAUCAGGAAUCUACAGCGUCCAUUUGCCAAACUGGCUCUUCCAGUGUGGAGCAGUUCGCAGAAGCUAUGAAAGCGUCACUCUUAUCCUCAGAUACACAGGUCCAAGUGAAAUCCUUAGAACUGAUUAAUUUGGUAUGCUCCAUGAGCCUGGAGACCAGUGAGGAGAUUCAAUCUCUCGUCAAUGAAGGGCUAACCGACUACAUCUUCGAGGUCCUAAGAAUAUCAGGCAAUUUAGAUGCUAUUGCUACUAGUGCGAUUCAAGCGCUAGAGACACUUUCGCUAGCCUUCCAAUCGUUCUCCCAGCAUUUCAGUCUCGGACUCGAACCACUUUUGCGUGUACUUAAUCACUCGUUCGCUUCAGCUUUUGGAACUUUACAGAAAGACACUUUGAACGUAAUAUGUUCUGGAAUAGCUCAUCGCCCUGAUGUAGUGGGUGCCUCUCGCGCAGAAUAUCUUGUGGAGCUCCUGAAGAAAUCUUUUCAACUAUAUAGAAGCGUGAUGAAAGAUCACGCAGUAUCUGAUACUCUUGGUUUUGGUCUCUCGCCAGAGGGUUUGAAUGCUACUUGCAAUACUCUUGGAACUUUGUUGAGAGCACCCUCGUGCUCUAGAACCCCUUCAAUUUGCUUAACGCUACAAGAAUGCAUCUGCGCUCUGACUGAUUGCAUCAGCGCAGACCCUAUAUAUGCAACACACCACAAAGGACUCAUGUCUGCUGCUUAUCUGUUUCAGGAGGCUUAUAUCUUCUCCAUUAAGCAAACAAUUCCUUCUGAGCAGUUUACCGCUUUGACAGACUUUUUGAUGACUCAUUUCCACUUUCACAUGCUCUCGAUUUUUACUACUAACUGGAAUAAUAUCUCAGACGAAAUAACUGCAAAUGCUUUCUUCGAUUUAGUCAGAAACAUUUUACAAACUGGAGAUGCUAUCAAGACCAGGACAUUUGCAAGGAUUCUUGUGUCGAAGAACUGGAUCAGUAUGGCGUACGAAACCAUGUCGAGAUUCCCCACCGGAGAUUUUAAACAAAUUGCUUACAGUACAAUAAGCAAAAUGAUUGAUAGACUUUCCUCGUCCGAGGAGGCUGUUCAAGACGUCAUGUUACAUUUACCCACUGACGUAGAAGGUUUGCUUUUAUUACUUGAACAGAGAAACGAUGGGGACUUGCAUCUUAUUGCAGCGCAUCAGGCGAUUAUUGCUAUUCUGUUCACUGCCGUUGAACACGGAGACAGCAGGUUUGUGGGAAGUGAUAAGCUCAUGAGCUCCUUGGAGCAACAUCUUCUUGUAAACGCUUCCUCUUCAAUGCUUGCAUCGCCAUCUUCUGCAGCCCUUAGACAUUUUUUCCUUUUGUUUAUUCAUGGACAUGAAGAUGUGUCAUCACAAGGCCGCUUCCGCAGUAGGAAGGCUGAAAAUAAUAUGGUUGACAUUCUACAAACAGAGUACAUUAGUAGUUUUCGCGACUACGAGCUGCCAAUGCAUGCACUUAAGUGGAUCAUGAAGAAAGAGAUCCUUUUUCCAAUCAGUAAAGACUUACUAUUGAGGAAUCUGUAUGCUGGUUCGGAAGACCAGGCAAUAAUAGCACAGCUGACCAAGGAGGACGAUCGCGUGACAGAGAUUCUUAUGUCCCUGUUCCUUGACGUAGUUGAGAGGCAUCUUGAGGAUGAAAUUGGGAUGGUUGCAACAGGUCUUGCUAGCAUUUCCAAAGGAGAUUUGAAUUUGACAAAGAAGAUUCACAGGCACGGGGUUGUGAGCAUCCUGAGGCGGUUCAUUCUUUUGCAAGGCAUGAAGGCAUCUGAAUCUACAGUUACGUCUUGUGUGGAUUUGCUCUUCCAACAGCUUGUCUUCCUUGAUGAAACGAUGGUUGCGAUGGACGAGGGCGCCUGGCUAGACAUUGCAAGUCAGGCAGAGAAGCUCCUGGUAUCGCAAUUGGACAAGGGGAAAAUCGUUCGAACUUGUAGUGUAUCGCUAGUUAACCUUAUUACUCUGAUCAUGCAUAAAUCCACUAAGAUCCUUGCAUUAAAGGAAGCAGCUAGCAAGGUUUACACGAGUAGUGAGCUUCGAGAGACUUUUGAACAACAUAUUGCUAAUGCUUCCCAGAAAGGCUCCGUGCUGACCACCAUGGAUAUCAACUCUGACGAAGGGGUGACUUUAAGCGCCUCCCUCUUAUUUUGUGUCCUGUGGCUCAGAGGUGUCUCCAACGGCACUGCUAAUAUGUUACAUGAGGGAAUGAACGACAGAAAUGAGCGCACUUCUUCGAAGAGUAUCAAUGGAAAGAGAAUUGGUUCUUCCCCCAGGAUUUCGUGUCAACAGCUCUGCCAGCUUCUCUGCUUCUGCACAACCCCCUUGCAGAUUUUGACAUCAUCUUGCCUGGUUGAACUUCUAUCAUAUGCAAGAGCUAACAAUGGCAAAAUGCAUGGGGAUCUAGCUGAAUGCUCUUUGAACCAUCUUAGGAGUGUUACAUUGAUACUGCAAGGAACAGCAUCAGGAGGCGACGGUUUGCUGAGGAAGAAUGCGUGCAUAUGUUUGAUGAGACUUCUGGAAAUGACCAGCCUCAAUAUGAAACAAAAAGCUGUUCGAAGGAGCCCAUGGUACAAAGUUGUUGCACAAGAACUUCUACUUCCUCUUGCCAACGGACAGGUGGACGUAGUAAAAACAGAAGAGAUCUAUUAUUCUCCUCCAAUCCUAACGACGAUACUGUGUGUUUCCCCCCCAAACAAAUGGUUACCAUCAGUGUUCAGUUCGAAGGUUCUCGGAGCAGUUAUUCAGAACUUUAAGAACACUCAAUAUAUUACUGUUGAGACAGUUGAACUCUUCCUAGAGUUGUUGAAAAGAGGCUUCUUGGAGCAUGAGCAAGUUGAAACACUACGCGCCUUGUACCUGGGUGUGCGGAGAAAGUAUUACAGAGAACGAUCGGUGAUGAAUGGUGCCUCACCCACAGCAACGGACAAAGAAUCUUUCGCUCCAAAUCCCCAGGAGACUGUAGAAAAGAUGGAUCCUGGUGCUUUCAUGAUGCACUUGGCUCUCCGCGACACUGGAGACCAUUUUGUAAAGCAACAUCAAGAUGCUGAGAUUUCUAAACUAGAUAAUGAAUCCCGUUUACUAGUUCAGAUUGAUGAGUUUUUGCAGAGGAGUGACAGAGACAUGGAGUGAAUCGAGGAUGAUGAGAUGCCAUCCCUGGAUGCUUGCCAUCUUGUAGGUUGAGAGUAGAAAGAUAUACGUGCAAAAUCCAUAUGAAUGUUCAGAACCUUCGCGGGAAGGAAUAAUGACGCAAACGCUUAACAAUCUAUUGAAAUAAAGCAAAUUAAUUCAUUAAA